AUGGACUACAACGAAGAAGUCGAGGCUCUUCACCGUGACAGCCUCGACAAUCUCCUGGCCUUGCUCGACGACGGGGAAUUCCUGGCGUACCUGGAGAGACAGCCGGCGACCAUCUUCUCGGACGACCAAAAGGCCAUGGUUCGGCGUUGGGCAACGCACCUUGCGCCUACCGCUAGCAACAAACGCAAGAUCGCCGGAAGUCAGAGCAGACCGAGCAAGAAGCGGGACAUUGGCGAUAGGGGCAAGGGAAAGACUGCUGCCAAGCAACAAGAAGAUGACAAAGGUGCAGAUGAGGAUGACGAGGGCGACGAGGGCGCUGCUGGAGUCAAGGAACCUGCCAACGACUGGAAGCCCAUACUCGACAUCAAGGAACUGACCAUUGGCAAAGAUACGCAUGAGCAACUCGAGAAGUUCCAGGAUGGUGGCUCUGUCGCAGAUUUCCUCUUGACGCGAGCAGAUCGGGAUUACCCAGGAGAGAUCUGGGACAGCGAGGCUCCUAACCCCGCUAAAUCACUCGCGUCACUCCUCAUUAAUACCGAUAAGCUGACCUCGGAAGUGGAGAGCAACUACAUUCUAUUCCUCUUCAUCAUGUUGCUGUGGCACCACGUCAAAGAGAUGCUUGUACCCGGAGCUGGAAGCGGUCACACAUUUUCGCUCGGCAAACUCCAGCUGGUGAAGCUGCGAGACCAACUCACCUUGAUCCACUCCCAGAGCGAUGACUGGCCAGCAGACUGGACUGUGGAGCGAACGUGCAAGCACAUUAGGGAAUGGGCCAAGCUUGGUUUCAAGAUUGACAUCCUAACAUCAGAAUUCGGACCAGGUUGCUUGUUCGUCCUAUUCAAGCCACUCACCGAAGCCUUUCUCUUGAGAAAGAUUACAAAGUCUGGACGUACCCACCACGCUGCAAUUCGACAUUUGGAGGACUUGGGUCUGCGAGAGUACCUUCAGGAGGAAGGUCUGGAUGUUUUCGGUGAUGCGAUCGUAAACUAUCUCCUCCGUCCUUUCGCCGAAGCAACGCGUACUAAAGACGCGUGA